GACUCUGCUUUGUAAAGGGCAUCAGAGAGUAUUCCAGACUCCUGGCACGAAACCCAUCGUCUCUGUAGACAUUACUUCAGGAUGAGGGGCAUCAUGCUGAUGGGGACACUAGUUGCCCUGGCCUGUCUACAGCAGGCGGCUGUGUCUUUGAGGAUCGCAGCCUUCAACAUCCAGACUUUUGGGGAGACCAAGAUGUCCAAUGACACCCUCUCCAGAUACAUUGUGAAGAUCCUGAGUCGCUAUGACAUCGCCCUUGUCCAGGAGGUCAGAGACACCUACCUGGCAGCUGUGGGGAAGCUGCUGGACGAACUCAACCAGGACGUACCAGACACCUAUCGCUAUGUGGUCAGUGAGCCGCUGGGACGCAGCAGCUACAAGGAGCAGUACCUUUUUGUGUACAGGCCUGACCAGGUCACGGUGCUGGACAGCUACUACUACGACGAUGGCUGUGAGCCCUGUGGGAACGACACCUUCAGCAGAGAGCCAGCCAUUGUCAGGUUCUCCUCCCCGUUCACCAGUGUCAGCGAGUUCGCCAUCGUGCCCUUGCACGCAGCCCCCACUGAGGCUGUCACUGAGAUUGAUGCUCUCUAUGAUGUCUACCUGGAUGUCCAGCAGAAGUGGGGCCUGAAGGACGUCAUGUUGAUGGGUGAUUUCAACGCAGGCUGCAGCUAUGUGACCCCCUCUCAGUGGUCCUCCAUCCGCCUGCGCACAAGCCCUGCCUUCAAGUGGCUGAUUCCUGACUCCGCUGAUACCACGGUCUCUUCUACGCACUGUGCCUACGAUAGGAUCGUGGUGGCUGGAGAGCUGCUCCAGGAUGCUGUCGUUCCUGACUCAGCUGCUCCCUUUGACUUCCAGGCAGCAUACAAACUGAGCGUCCCUCUCGCCAAAGCCAUCAGUGAUCACUACCCUGUGGAGGUAACACUCCAGUGAGAGCACUGCCUGCUUCAGCACAUCUGGA